AUUGUUCAAACCAGAUUCUGAAACCAGAUGUGCCGCUCGUGUUUGUCUCUGUGGAUCAUUAGUGAAGCUGCUGGACGAAGUGAACGCGAAGCGGGUUUAACUCUUCCUCGUUUGGUUGAGUCAGUGUGAGACUGUGAGCAGCUGACGACACGUUACAAACAUGUUAGCUUGUAGCUGCGUGUUCGCCUCAGCAGUUUCCUGUUUACUCCUCGUUGACAGGAAACCUGCAGUAACAUCACACCUGUCAGCGCAGUGAGCAUCGAACCUGUGGAGCUGAGAUGCCCAAGAAGAAAACCGGUGCUCGGAAAAAGGCCGAGAGUCGUAAAGAGCGAGAGAAACAGAGCCGAGCCAACCGAGAACAUGUGGAUGUGGCCAAACACCCCUGCAACUCCAACAUGGAGUGUGACAAAUGUCAGAGGAAACAGAAGAACAGAGCUUUCUGCUACUUCUGUAACUCGGUGCAGAAGCUGCCUGUCUGUGCACAGUGUGGCAAAACCAAGUGCAUGAAGUCAUCAGACUGUGUCAUCAAACAUCCUGGAAUCCACAGCACUGGGAUGGCCAUGGUGGGGGCGGUGUGUGACUUCUGUGAAGCUUGGGUUUGCCACGGUAGGAAAUGUCUCAGCACUCAUGCCUGUGUGUGUCCCCUGACUGAUGCAGACUGCAUUGAGUGUGAACGUGGUGUCUGGGAUCAUGGAGGCCGGAUUUUCCGCUGCUCUUUCUGUCAGAACUUCCUGUGUGAGGACGAUCAGUUUGAGCAUCAGGCAAGCUGCCAAGUCCUUCAGGCAGAAACAUUCAAAUGUGUUUCCUGUAACAGACUGGGACAACACUCCUGUCUGCGCUGUAAGGUGAGAGUGGAAAUAUAUUACUAUACUCAAUUGGCAGUUUAUUAG